AUGGGGGAAGCUUGCGCCGAAGAAGGAGGAGCAUCUCCGGAGCGUCCCGACGCCGGGCUACUCCGGAGGCGGCGGCCGCGUCUGUGGACUAGGACUGUUGAGAGCUUGCAGCCUGGAGACACCGCUUGUGACGGGAUGAGCAUGUGGGCAUCCUCCGAGGGCGGCAGUCCGUUGCGCCACUCUCCGGGGAAGGCGGCGUCAGCGAGGAGGCUGGCCGUAGUGUGGGCGGUGGCGGCGGCGGCGGCGCUGCUGUGCGGCCUGGUGGUGGGUGCCCCUGCUGCCUCAGACGACGGCUACACGGACGAGAACAGGCCCUACGAGUUCGGAUUCGUCAUCGAGGGGCAGCAGCACCGCCACGAGAAGAAAGAUGAGAGAGGCAUCAUCAUGGGGGAGUUCGGCUUCAUCACGGCGGACGGAGUCUACCACGUGACGGUGUACGCCACGGACGAGAACGGGGACUUCAAGAUCAUCAGCAUGAAGAACAUCCGCCUCGGACCGCCGCUGGACCAGAUGCGCACGGCUCCGCGCUCCAGCACGACAACGCGCCCUGUGACGCAGCCGCCGGCGCCGGCAGCAGCGGCGCGCACCUCGACGGCCCCCGCAGUCCCCGGCUCCACCAGGACGGCGGUCAGGCUCGACGGCGUCAACGGUUGCAGCGGCUGCCUCAUCCCCACCACCACGGCAGCCACGCCUCCAGCCAUCGGCUCUGAGUUGCAGCCUCCGUUCGUUGGAGGUCCCCCAUCCGCUGGAGCACCUGGAAGACCUAGUCCCGCAUCCGUUGGAACACUUGGACAAGCUGGAGGCGUCGGCGGUGGUUUCAGCACUGGAGACAGAACUGCCAGUGGCUUCGGUGCUGGCCAAGGCGGCGGAGCCGGAGGCGGCGUCCAAGAUCGCAUUGGGGGUGGCAUCGCAGAUCGUACUGGUGGGAGCUUCGGAGGUGGGGCUCCAGGUAGUGCUGUAGGCGGCGGCGUCGGCAUCACUAGGGCUCCUGUGGCAGGUGGCAGUGCCGGUAGCUUUGGGGGCGGUGCUGGAGGCGCUGGGAGUGGCGACAGAGGAGGCGGUGCGAGCGGCUUCGGAGGGCAGCGCCCUAGCCUGCCAGGGCAGCCAACUGUCGGCACAGCAGCUCAGCCCGGCAGACCCUCCCAACCAGUGGGGCAGCAGCCGGCGUUCGGAGCGCGACCCUUCGCCGUCCCAGCACAGACGCCCUCGGGAGUUGGCGGCACUCCUGGCCAGCAGGCGACAGGCCCAGCUUCCGCUCGGCCAGGGCCGCAGAACGCUGGUGCCCCAUUUGGAACCGCUGGUGCCCCAUUUGGAGGUGAGGCGUCGCCUCCGGGUACUCGGCAGCAGACCGGCGAGCGCCCGACGGCGUUCGGUGGGCGGCCGUCCUCCAGCCCUGGAGCUGCCGGUGGUGGCGUCCGAGCCCCGAGUGGCGGACUGGGUGUUGCGCCUGGAGAGCCCGUCAGGGACGGACUCCCGCCGGGAGUCACCAUGCAGGACGUUAUGGAUGCCCUGCUCUACAGGUUCAACUACACGCUGCCGUACCACGGCCACAACGAGGAGGGCUACCGCAGCGGCAACAAGGUGGGCGGCUACUUCGCGGACGGCCGUGACGGCGUCGGCCGCAAAGUCAAGUACCUGGCCAACGAAUUCGGCUACCAGCCCAACAUCACGCUGGUCGACCUGCGGCCCGACCAGACCCACACCGAGGAGGACGAGCGCAACGCGCCGCUGCUCGGAUACAAGUUCGAGUGGCUCUACUGAACGCCAUCUCCAAGCAGCCACUCUCACUGCAAGACACGCUGCCUCAGACAGCGAUCCAUACAACCGCUUCACCGUAGCUACAUUAAAAUUGCAGAUGCGUUCUGUCUGCACGCAUUUCUACUUUAGUGAAUCGUCCCACCAUUUACAGGGGAUGUUGCACAAUUUAUGUUAUACACUUCUAGAAGUUCUGAAGGAAACAUAGUAGAUCAAGUUUUACCUAGGAACUCAUGUCCGGAAACGUCAAAGUUAUAGACCCCGGCACCUGUAAAUGUGUGUACGUACAUAGUGAUUCGGUGAUGAUGUAACAAACUUUUUAGGAUGAUGUGGAAGUAUAAAUGUAUCAGUCUGAGGUAAGGGUCGUAAGAUAUAAGGGAAAAUCAUUCUGAUACCUCUGGAAACACAUGUACAGUUACUGUUGUUGUUAAGAUUAUAGACUAGACCACUUUCAAAGGUAGUAGCAUGGACCAAAACAGGGAAGAAAUAUCCAGUAAACGUGGUCAUUGAAAUUUAUAUCUGAGAACCUAUGAGAACUUGUUCAUCUUCGCGACUGUGAAAUACCUCUCCUCUUUUGAACAAGUGCUCAUAACUCUUACGGAAUGCAUUUUUGACCUCAUGUCUACUGGAGGUAUUUCUUCUUUUGGUCCAUACUACUACCUAGGAAGGUUACCUACCCUACAAUCUUCGCAACAAUAGUACAAGUACAUGUAUUACAUUGACAGAGGUAUCAAAAAGGUUUUCCCCUAUAACUUUCGACGCGUUCGUUUCCUGUACAGGGACUCUCACAUCAAAGUGAUACAUUUUUCCUUCUCCGUCGUCCUAGAAAGUUUGUAACAGCAUCACAGAAUCAUUCUGUGCAGGGAUACAUUUACAGGCGCUUGCGUGUUUAACUUUGACACUCUGUAGCGUCGUUGGGUGACGUUUCCGGACGUGGGUACCCAUGUGAAACUUGAACUAUUAAGUCCCCUCUACAACCUCUAGAAGUGUGUAAAAUGAAUUCUGAAGCAUCCUGUAGAAUACCACAACUUCUCAUUGUUUUUUUCUGUUUAUCACCAGUAUUUCUAACGGUUGUUGUUCAACCAUAUUACACAGUAUAUCACACGCCAUAACAUGACUAAUUAUCAUAAAGGUUUAGUCAUCACUUCGGAAGGUAAAGUUAGGCAAUUAAUUAUUCUUUGUUUGCAACUGCGCGUGUGUUAUCCUGAUACAUCGAAAUCUCGGCGCCACAGUACCCUAGGACGCGUAGUGUAAGCAAAACAUAACUGCGCAGCACAUUGAUAUAGUGGAGAAUCGUGCGAUAGUUCGUUUACGGCAUUUGAAGCGAAAUAACACUGCAACAGAAAAAUUGCGUCAAUAUUUCCGCAGGUGUCUGGAUUGGCCUAAGACAAUGAAACAUUUCUGCUGCUGUCGAAAACGAAUUACCACGCUAUACUCCACUGAAUCAAUGGUCUGCGCCAUUUGGUUUAGCCUGCUCUGGGGUGAUAGACUACAGUGGUGCGGAGCGUACCUUCAAACAAGCAAAUAUUUAAUUACGAAACUUCAUGAAUACCCUUCGUAUAAUGACUUUGAUAUCAGUCUUGUGACUGGUUUCGUGCAAUUCUCUACACCUCCUCCUUCUUUGACAGACUCUUCGUCACUUAGUAGCAGUUACAACUAAUAUACUGAAUUAUUUCUUGUAUAUAUUCGAAUCUCUGUCCCUCCCUAUAAUUUUCCCUCUGUUGUCCGCUCUACUAACAUGCAAAUUAUUCCAUGCCCUAACAUUCUCGUUCUAGUUAUAUUUUUUUCCAUAUAGUCCUAUCCUCGUCGAUUUUGCGCAGAAUCCACACAUUUAUUACCUCAUCAUCAUCAUAACUACAUCACCAUCUUCAUCAUCGUCAUAAUCAUCGGGGCUGCUUUCAGCUGCCCAGGUAGGAUGUUACCUAAGCAAUUUGCCUCCACCUCCUACUAUUGCUAGCUUUCCUUUCUCACCACGGCAUCUUAUUGUCUUUACUUCCCCUUCAACGCCUUCUUUAAUCUCGUCGAGCAACCUCUUUCAUGGACGUCCAACUUGUUUUGUCUUGGCGCGUUCCUUUCCACCUGCUAAUGAGGGUAUACGAUGGUGUGCAUCCGCGUUGAGCUCCCUAUAGCUACUUCCGUGGUCUACAGUAACUAACUUACCAGACCGGCUAUUUUCAGCUUCCUUCUGUAUUACCAGGUAUCAAAUGCACGGAUUACCUUCUCUUCAUAGUCCACUUCUAUACUUACAGCUAACUCAUCUCACCACCUUCCAUUCCAUCGACGAACCCAAUGUCUCCACUCUCUCACUUUCUUGCUGUAUUACCAUUCGAAUAUCACCAUACUGUCAAAACAUUUUCUCAGAAACUCAAUGAGCAUUGCUAGAGUACACGUUACUUCCUCUUAAUUUCAUAUGUUUACCACUGCGUUGCUCCACAAUGAAUCUUUCACCUUGCAGGAGUGUGUGUGUGUGUGUGUGUGUGUGUGUGUGUGUGUGAGAGAGAGAGAGAGAGAGAGAGAGAGAGAGAGAGAUAGAUAGAUAGAUAGAUAGAUAGAGGGAGAG